UAUAAUUAUCUCCAGUUGUUGCGUUGCCGACUUCAUUGAAGAUGGACGGCUCUAGUGGUCAUCGUUGGCGGACGACCCCUCUUGGUCUCUUGGUGUUCCUGGUAAUUUUAGUGAUCGGAUUUGCGGACUCUGAAGAUGUUUGCCGGAGCGGUUGUAAGCAAGCAAGUCCCCACACAUUUAAGUAUAGUUUAGGCACGACAUAUAAAUACAGCUAUGAGGGCAAAAUCGACAUCGCCCUGUCUUCAGCCGAAGGACAGACGACCAGUACCUUAGUUAAAGCUGACGUUUUGCUCACCCAAUUACCAGAUUGUAACCAGUUGAUCAGGUUACAAAAUGUGAUUAUUGCUGGUGCCAAUGGAAAGAAACAUGGUUCAAUCCCCGACAUCGAAAAACCUAUCCGCAUCAACAACAAUGACGGUCUGGUUGACGAUAGUAUUUGCGUGGUGGAUGGCGAUAAUCAGAACUCGAUCAACGUUAAGAGGGCCAUCGCUUCAAUUUUCCAGGCGGUCUCGAAGUCCGGCUUCGAAACUGACGUUUUUGGAAGGUGCCCCACUGAUGUAGCCACGCACAAAGAAGGAGACGUCGUAGUCAUCCAGAAGGCAAGAAGUCUUAACAAAUGCUUCUUUAGAGAACAUAUUCAACAUGACUUCCUCACGACUGCAUUGAACCUGAACAGCGAAAUCAAAUCAAGCCCGAUCCUUAACGGCGAUUACAGCGCCACUUUGAAAAUCAAAAAUGGAAUCCUCGAUCAAGCUACCGUGAGUGAAGAUUACCUGUUUGUACCGUUUUCCGUUGGGAAAAAUGGUGCCAAGGCACAGGUCAUCAGUAAAUUGCACUUUAGCGGCAGUUCUCCGGAAAGUCCACAAGUAACCACCACCAAACCCAGAUCUAUCAUCUUUGAAAACCCUCAUCCAGUAGUGGCACCAGGCAGUAAUGUCCAGACUAUCCAAAAUGCAGUGAAAGAGGUCGCAAAGACCAUUGACAUUGUUGUAGGCGAAAACACGGCCAGGGAAUUCAUUAAUUUGUUGAAAAUUGUAAGGGUUAGCAAUAAAAAUGACCUUUUGGCUGUUUACAAUCAAGUUAAGAGUGGAGUAGGUGUUGGUGACAAAGAGGCAGCAAAACGACUAUAUUUAGACGCUCUACUUAGAGCAGGAAACGGUGAUACCGUGGAGGCCUUACUUGAACUUUUGGACAAGAAACAACUUGAUGAAACUGAUAGGAGACUAGUUCUUUUGGGACUAAACGUAGUUAGGCAUGCCACCGCGGGAUCUGUUAAGGCUGCCACUACUCUCCUAAAUACCGCAAAUCUACCCCGGGAAGCCUACCUAGGUAUUGGCAACCUUGCCGGUAAAUUCUGCCAGCAGCACGACUGCAGCGACAACGCAGAAAUUAAGACCCUUACCAGCAAAUUGCUAGCGAAGAUCGGCACCAAGCCUACCAAUAGGGAACAAGAAAAUGACGCGGUGUUUGCCCUUAAGGCUCUUGCUAACUUCCAUCAUUUGAACGAAAAUGUCAUCCCCAAACUUACUGGACUUGCACAAAACAAAAAUAUCCCCAACAGAGUGCGGGUAGCCGCUUUGGAAACUUACUUGGCUGACCCAUGCAAAGACAAACUGAGAAACAGCGCUUUGCAAAUUUUGCAAGAUAUUCAGCAAGAUUCCGAAGUCAGGAUUAAAGCUUAUUUGGCAGUGGCCCAAUGUCCGAAUGCUAAAAUUGGAAACGCAAUCAAGGCUCUACUCUUAAAAGAACCAAGCAUCCAAGUCGGUGGGUUCAUCGCAUCCCACAUCCACGCUCUCCGCGCCUCUGCCAACCCGGACAAGAGUCUGGCCAAACAAUUCUUAGGAUUUAGCGUCAGAAGAAACUUCCCAAUCGAUCCUCGUAAAUAUUCAUUCAACGGUGAAUUUUCGUAUUCCAUAGACACCUUAGGAUAUGGAGCGGCUGCCGAAUCCAACGUCAUCUACAGCCAAAAUUCCUGGUUGCCUAGAUCCAGCAAUCUCAAUCUUACCGCGGAAAUUUUCGGACACCGCUUUAAUACCCUAGAAAUUGAAAUUAGACAAGAAAAUCUGGACAGGCUCGUCGAACAUUACUUCGGACCAAAAGGAGUUUUAAGACACUCGAUGUUAUCCAGCACCCUUAAAGAGGGAAAAAACAAAUUUGGUAAUUUGGCCCAGUAUGUGGAACAGAAACUAAAAGCCACUUUAAACAGGAACAGAAGGGAUGUUAGUAAGGCUGAAAUCGAUCAUAUCGCUAAGCAAGUGCAGAUUAAAACAAGUGAGCUGAAUAAAGAUUUGGAUCUGGAUUUGGGAGUAAAGGCUUUCGGUGGUGAAAUAUUCUUUUUAAAUAUUAACCAGGAAGCUAAGGUGAAACCUGAAGAGAUCAUUGACAAAAUAAUCCAGGAGUUGAAUAAUGGACUUGAUAAGCUGAACAAUUUCGAUGAAACUCUACGUCGCAACAUCAAUUUCCUAGACACUGAAUUAGCAUACCCUACCUCCCUCGGUUUCCCUCUUCGUCUCGCCGUAGAAGGAACGGCGACAAUCCAAAUUAAGGCCCAAGGAAGUAUUGACCUCCGUCAUUUGCUUAAUAAUCCAGACAAAGGAGAAUUGAAAAUAAAACUUGCCCCAAGCUCUAACAUCGAAGUAUCCGGAAAACUAACCCUAGACUCUUUGGUUGUCGAAAAUGGCUUAAAAGUAAUUUCCACCUUGUACUCUUCCACCGGCGGCGACUUAACAGCAUCCUGGGACCAAUCUUCAGGAUUCGAUGUGAAAUUCGGUUUACCAGUUGCUGAACAAAAACUGAUGUCCGCCAACCAUGAAAUCGUGUUUGUAAACAAAGAGCAAGCUGGACGCGAAAAAAAUCUUCCACUUAAAUUCACUCAAGUAAAAGACUUUUCGAUUUGCUUGGACCAACUGAGCCCCUUCAUCGGUUUGACGUUCUGCGCUGAAGUAAACGGACCCAAUCUAGAGGGACAACAGAUCCCGAUUUUGCCAUUCCCGUUGGCUGGUGAUGCCAAAAUCGCCGUAACGAUCGAAAACGACGACGUAUCUGAAUAUCAUAUCAGGCAUAACACCAAAGAAGGACACGCCGAUCUUAUUUUUGAAACUAUCGGUAAGGAUGGACAGAAGAAGGUGUCUUUGGACCUCGCGGCUGAGUAUUCUCCAGAGAAGUUUAUUAGAGCAUUAUUUAGUUCACCACAGAAACAAGCAUCCGCUGAAGCCAGGAUUGUUAUGACUAACGUUGAAAGAUCUUUACUUUUAAAGCUUACUAAUGACCAAGAAGAAUUUUCUGGUAAAAUAGGAGUUGCUGUAUCCGGCACUUCAGAUAAAACAAUUUACAAACCAAUUCUGGAAUACAGAACUCCACAAGGACUGAUACCCUUACCAGUGAAAACUGAGGGUCAAGUUAUCGUCGAGCAAAAUGGAGAAAACUUCAAAUUAACUUUCGAGAAUAUAAAAGUUGUCAGUGAACAAUAUGAAUUAGGGCUGCAAGGAACAGCUGGAAAAGACUCCGGAAUCUGGUUUACCGAUAUCAGUAUGGCCCCCAGUCCAGGCGCCAACGUUAAGUUUGAAGGUCGUCUACAACUAACAGUAGAACUAGUAAAGUUUAAUGUUAAAAUGGAAAACACGAUUAACAGUAACGCCAACUUUAACCUUAAAGGAGAACUGAAACGUCAAGUGAACAACUGCGACGUAGCUAUCCAGUUAAUCCAUGGACCAGAUCUAAACUCGAAAACUGCCAUCUUGACCAUCACCUCGAGUAUAGUAAAUAAGUUUAAAAGUUCCUCAGAUUUCCGUUUUGCUACCAAACAAAGUAUCAAAUAUCCUCUUAUCGGAGUUAACGCAAAACUCGAGCUGGAACAGACUCCAAAUUCAAUCGACUAUGACAUCAACCUUGAAUAUGGCGAACUAAAACUGGGAUCAGAACUAGAAGCUAAAGUCAACGAAAAAUCUAACGGUGACUAUCAAGUGGAAUUCGAAGUAUGGGGUCUAGAAAACAAGCUUGAAGUGAAAUCGUCCAGACAAGUCCUUCCGAAUGACCAAAGUAAAAUUUCCAACACUAUUGAAUUAAACGGAAGAAAAUUGAAAUUUGACGGUGUAAUCACCCAUGCCAUUCGCCCUCACUAUAUGAAUGUCGGUACGGAUUUAACCAUCCAUGUACCAACACAGGCUGGUCCUAUCAAGGUAAGCACUGGACUUAAAAUGACUGAAGAAGACGUAGACGCUCAUGCUAAAAUUAACUCUGGAAGUGACAGCAUUAUCGACUCAUUCUUAAGAGCUGACAAAAAGGGCAAUGCCAACGGAAGCCUUAAACUCGCUAUCAGAAACUUAAUUAAUCUUAAUGGUCAAGUGCACUCAAACAGCGGUACUGGAAACGGUGAAGUUGUUGUUGAUCUACAAAACGGCAAACGUCAAUUCAAAGCUGAUACCACCUUCAACGUUCAACCAGAUAAGCGUUACGAUAUUAGUAUAAACUUUUAUCCAAACGCAAAAGACAACUCUGCUAAAAUUUCUAUCUCCACUCAAACCAACAUGGAUGAAAACUCCCUGGAAACUAAAAAUAAAGUUGAUGCUUUCGGAUAUCCUCUUGAAGUCAAUGCAAAAGCAUCUAAAACCGGAAAUAACGAUCUGGAAAAUUUGAAUAGCGAAUUGGAAAUAACUCUCCCAGGAGAACAGUAUUUACAAGCAAAAUCAAAUUUUGAAUGCAAAGGCGUAAAUGACCUUUACACCGGACACGUCUUAUCAAGUGUAGAGUACAGGAAAAACAAGAAUACCCCUGGCACAAAAUACAGUUACAAGGGAAGCUGGAGAAACAGCAACAUGGAGGAAGGUAUUAUCGAUGCCGACAUUAACAUAUCCGCUGAUGACAGUAACGGUAAAAACAUCAACAACGAUUUAACCAUCAAGUCCACUAAGCAAGGUGAAUUACAGCAACUUAAUUUGCACAAUAAAGUAUCUGGAAGUAUACUUAGUAAUCCCUUGGAAGUGCGCUUUGUGAGCAACUGCAAUAAAGGAGUCAUUGGAGAUUAUGACCUGCAAAGUAGCUACGGAAAUGCAAACAACUUACAAAUCAAAGGCAAUCAUGACUUGAGCAAACCAAAGAAAGAAGGAGCCUUAAAGAUCCAACUCACUAGCGCAUCUGAACCACUGAAGAGCUUAAAUGUUGAUCUAAAAGGAUCUGUAACUAAAACGGAAGAUCCUUCUGCACCAGUUCAAGUUGAAGGUUCUGUUUCAGUAGAUGCGGCAAAUGCUGAAGGCUCUUUCGUAACCCUUAAAUCAUCUGGUGAUGUUGUUGUUGGGCCUUUAUCAGGAAAAGUGAAGGGAUCCAUGACUUUGAACAAACUCGAGCCAAUCAGUAUCGAUGCCAGUUAUAAUCUCAAAGAAGAUCAACGAGGAGGAUCUGCUAAUUCGCUAGUAACUUAUGGAAAUGGACAGUCCGUGAAGAGUGAAGUCAGCCUCGAUAGAACCUCUGACCACCAGUAUAAAUUAGUAGCUGGCCUUGAUACAGUUACAGCUGCAGGACCGAAAAGCCAUAAAAUCAUCGUAAACACUAAACGUUCUCAGGGUGGCAACGAAGUCGUUAGUUCCGUAGAGCUCGUGGUAGAUGGAAAGACUUGGAAGGUUAAUUCAGAAUUGGGACUCAGUGAAAUCAGCCCCGUUGUCAACGUUAAACUUGUCUGUCCCGAGGGGAAACUAAGACAGAUAUAUCUUAAGGGGCAUAAAGUUAGUGACCGUCAGUUUGGAGGUGAAUUAAAACUAGUGAAUGAAGAAAAAUCUUUCCUUCUGGAUGGAUCCAUCAACAUCAACGUUGAAAACAUCGAAAAUCUUAUUAUAAAAGGACACGUUAACUCACCCAGCUUAAAACUGAACAAGAUCGUUUUUGAAGCAUCGAACAAAGCUGGAUCUUCUGACCGUAAACUCAACGUCAACAUCAAAGUCGCGGACAAGAACUACUUAUCCGGAGAACUUUCUUACGCCGCCAAGGAAGAAAAUGGCAAAUUCAUAAUCGACGGUAGCGGAGACUUCAAGAUGAAGGAUCAAUCCAGAUCUGGCAACUUCAAGUACAUCUUGGAGAAAUUAGAAACUGCCAAAAAUGGCGAACAAGGAGUACAAGUUUCGUUUGACGCCUCUUUGGGAGACAGAGCUAUCGAUUCCGAAUACAAGCUAACCAACAAGCACUUUAGACUUCAAAACUCUUACUGCGAGAAAACAAAGGAGUGUGCCUACAUCGAAAUUGAAAAUAAGAUUAACGCCAAUGAUGCUUCAAACUUCAACCAAGUCCUCGAGAUUAGUCUUGACCUACGUAAACUUGGUCUCUCCCACGAAUUUGGCCUAAAGGCCACCACCAACCGUAAAGAAUGGGUUAUCGACCACACAGUAGAUGCCCACUUCCAAAACAAUGCAAACAGUAAAUACCAAUAUAGUUUUUACAUCCACCCAACUGAAGCUGGAGUUAGUCUAACCACCCCUAAGAGGUUGGUAGCUCUGGAAGCUCACAGUGUGCCAUUUAAAAACUUGAGAGAAGGUGGAAAGGCUAGCGGAGAACUAGCUUUCUAUAUUGACAAGAAGAACCAUCCUAACAAGAAGACGGCGUUGUCUUGGUCUCUGGAUGUUAACACCAGUGGCAAGAUCAAUGGGCAAAUGAAGUUCAAUCAUCCUGGACUCAACAAGCCUUUAUCAAGUACCUUCACCGCAACCAGAUCAGGCACUCCAUACAACGGCCAGAUCGAUAUUCAAUCGGUUCUUGACAUUUUCGCUCAAGAUGAUCAAAAGUUGGUUUACACCUACCAUAAAUCAGUUAAAUUAGACAGCACAAAGACCAAGGGAUCUUCCAAGAUAACGUUUGAACUGAAGAGUAGCGGCUUGGGAAUUGAUAUUCGUGGAUCUGAAAUCGUUGCUGGUGAUAGAGUAAACAGCGAACUCACCUAUAACUCAGACGUUAAGUAUCGUGUAGGAAGUACCAAAUGGGAAAACUCCCUCGCAUCAAAAUGGUCUCCGAAUGAAGUUUCCGGCCACCUUAAACUCUUAAAUCAAGUUUUGAUCGAUGCAUCUAAUAAAAUCCGCGUAUCUGAAAAUGAACAGGUCAUUGAAUCAAAGGUGUCUUCCUAUGACAACAACCCAAUCGUCAGCCGUAUGGAAAUUAAGAAUUAUAACACUGUGGCUUACAGCGUUGGAUUUGAAAAACAACCAGACAGAAAACUGCUCUUCAACGCCGGACUGAUCCCAGACCAAAUCGCCGACAUCCGCGCCGAUAUCCAAGAAGGUGGUAACAAACAGAACUUAUUCUUUGCCACAGUAAAAUUGGAUGAUGCUAACUUCCUAAAAUCAGACCACAAAGUUGACUCUAAAGCCAUCCAAAACGUUCUUGGAAAAAUCAAAGAACGCUCUACCAAAUACUUCGAAGGAUUAGAACAAUUGGGAGAAAAAUGGAUCGAGGAAGCCAAGAAAGAAGCCCAAGACUUAAACGCCAUUGCCCAAAAAGCAACACCAAACAUGCAACCAUUGAAACAAUUCUACGCCAAAGAAUUCGAAGAACUAAAACAGGAAAUCUUAAAUGACAAGAGUGUUAAAGAGCUCAGCGAUGCUAUCCAAAAGGUUUUAGGAACACUUAUUUCGGUCACCACCGAAUGGUUCGAAAAAUUAAGUCAAUUUGCCGAAGAAACAUCAAGAAUAUUAGAGGAAUCUUUCAAAACCGUCAUCCAAUCAAUUGAGAAGGAACUGUUGCCACAGAUUAAGACAAUUGUUUCGAAUUUAAUGAAAGAAGUUAACUCGAUUGCACAAAUUAUAUUGGACAUGGCCUUGAACAUUGUAGGUAAAGGAGCCGAAAUUCUGGAGAAAUAUCAACCAGAACUUCAGGAACUUGCUGGUGCAUUCAGAGAACUUUUCAAGGAUGUCGGCAAACUGAUCCAAAACAUUUAUAACAAUGGUCUAGAGAGUGUCAGAGAAAUAAUUCAGAGAAUCAGUAAUGAACUCAAGGCAUCUCCUGCUAUUGAAGAGCUAAAAGCUCAAUAUGAACAGUUCAUCAAAGAGGGUCUUCCAAGCGCUGAUGCCGUAGUCAACACUAUAAGGGAAGUCUUUGAGACUAUCAAGGAUAUUAUCCCCAAUGAAUUUGUAAUCAAGAGUGACAUCAACAUGCUUUUGGAUAGUGUCACUGACUACAUCGAAAAGAAAUUGAAGAAUCAACCAGUGGAUGAUAUAGCAGCAUUCGAACAAAUUGGCCAAGUUCUCGCCAAUAUAGUUAAGAAACUGUCCAACAUUAUCAGAACAGAUAAUAUCCAACUUCCAGGCUCUAGUGUCGAUUCCAGCAGCUUUUUACCACUCAGUUAUUUCAAUAACUUGCCUAAAUUAGUUGCCGUGAAAUUCUCACCAAUCAGUUACAUCUUAGAUCAAGAAUCAAACCCCGAAAUAGGCAAAUUUGUCUUGAGUUUGUUUACCGACCCACUUGAACUAGUUGCACCAUUCCAAUUAUUCGGGCUUAUCGUGCAAGGUCAGCACAUCUUCACCUUCGAUGGCAAACAUAUCACAUUCCCAGGCAAAUGUAAUUACCUCCUCGUAAGAGACGCUAUUAAUGGUAACUUCACUUUGGCUGGAACAUACAAGGAUGGACUCUUGACUGCGAUUACCUUGGCUGAUUCUCAUGGUUCUAUCACUUUACAACAGGGUGGAAAAGUUAAAAUUAACCAAGACGCAACCGAACUGCCGAUCCGCAAACAAACCUUGGCUGCAUGGAGGGGUUACGAAACAAUCAGUCUACAUUCUACGGCUGGUAUAACUGUAGAAUGUGUCCCAGAUCUACAGGGAUGUGUCGUAUCAGUGUCAGGAUUCUAUCACGGCCAGUUGAGAGGUCUGCUUGGUAACGGUAACGCGGAACCUUAUGACGACUUCACUUUACCUAAUGGAAAAAUCGUGACUGCUGAAGGACAAUUUGGAAAUGGAUAUAAAUUGAGUAGUUCCUGUCCCGAUGUUACACCACCAAAACACGAAUCUAUCCCAGAAAACCCAACUUGCAACAAACUAUUCAACUACGAAUCGUCUCUAAGACUGUGCUACCCAUUCGUAGCAACAGAAAACUUCAAGGCCGCUUGUGCCCAUGGAUUGGCCGCCAACGUUAAAGGAACCGAAGAAGCUAUUGCCAAGGCUUACGUAGCUGCUUGCCAAAUAAGACAUGUACCCAUUCACGUACCUGAACAUCUUGUUAAAUGUACCAACAGCGAGAAACCUUUCAGUGUCGGAGAUACUUUCAGUGUAAAACUGCCAUCGAAAUCGGCCGAUAUCGUUGUUAUCGUUGAUUCUGAAAAAGCGAACCAGAAGCUUUACGAUAAGUUGGUCAAGCAACUUAUUCCUGAAAUAACAAGCGAGUUGGGUGCCAAAGCAGUAAGAGACGUUGAAUUCCACUUGGUAACAUACGGAGGUUUGAACCAAUGGCCAUCUCAUAUCACAGUCGGUGGCAAACUGACAUUCAAAGGUAAACCGCCAGCGCUGAAAUUCGGAGAGGAACCCAAACCGGACUACGACAUUAAGGAUAUCGAAAACCCACAGAUCCAGAAGUGGGCCGGGGAUAUCAAAGAGGCCAUCCACGAAAUCGGUUUGGCAAGCGGACUCAACUUGAAAUCGCGCACUUUCGAUGCCGCAUCCAAUUAUCCUUUCAGAGCGAACGCUUUGAAAUCGAUUAUCGUUGUCAACGGUGACGAGUGUGAAGUUGGAAAACUAUACCCGCUUCAAAAACUGUUCGCCUAUCUCUACAAAAACAACAAGAUCACUUUGAACCUGUUCACCCCGUUCAGUACGUUAAAGCUGAAAGACGCUAAAAAGACCAAAGAUAUCAUUGGAUUCAACAGCCAGAAUGUAUUCACUUUAUCUCAAGGCAAGAAGAAUCCUAAAGGAACUGCUGAACUGCAUAAGGAAUUGAACUAUGAGGACUACUGUGUAGAUUUCACCGUCAAUCAGAACCGUGGAAAUGCUUUUGUAAACAACAACUUCUUGUCAUUGAACGACGCCGAUCAGAAGCAAUAUAUUAAAAUAGCCGCAUCUAAUAUCGCUGAGCAACUUAUCAAUGUUGAACAAGGUUUAGAUUGCGAAUGUAAAAUGGUGAAUCCUUGGAGUGCUGUUAAUGUGUGCUCAGAAGCUUUUAGUAGAGACAGACCAUCGAAAAAGGUCUAAAAGCAACAAAAUAGUAUCAAUCAACCUAAUUACUUUAAGCGAAUUUAACAAACUGAAUCCUAUAAUAGUUUAAGAGUGUGCUAGUUAAGGAUUUAUUAUUAUUUUUUUACAUCUUUAUGGUAUUGUAAUUUUGUAAAUUAUUUAGUGUAAGAUGUACGAUUUGAUAUGUUAUCAUUGAUAUAACAAAUAAACAGAUAAUACCCAA